UCUGAAGCUCUCGGAUUAGAGAAAGGAAAGAGAGGGAUACAGGCGAGUGAAGAGUUGAGUUGAGUUGAUAUAUACCAAGAUGGUGAGAGCUCCGUGCUGUGAAAAGAUGGGUCUGAAGAAGGGGCCAUGGACUCCAGAAGAAGACCAGAUACUGAUUGCUUAUAUCCAGAGAUAUGGCCAUGGGAAUUGGCGUGCGCUACCGAAACAAGCCGGUCUGUUGAGAUGUGGGAAGAGCUGUAGGCUUCGAUGGGUUAACUACCUGCGCCCGGAUAUCAAACGAGGGAACUUCACCCAGGAGGAAGAGGAAACCAUCAUCAACUUGCAUGAGAAGCUUGGGAACAGAUGGUCUGCAAUUGCUGCGAGGUUGCCUGGCCGAACAGACAAUGAAAUCAAGAAUGUGUGGCACACGCACUUGAAGAAGAGAGUGAAGCCGAACCAGGUGGCACAAGAAGCAAAGAAGGAAUCCAAGCAUACACCUAUGCAACUCAGUUCAGGCUUCAUGCACCCAAUAUUAGAUGAUCCAAGACUUUUGGCAGGAUCCCCAGAUCAAGCACAUAGUGACUUCUCAUGCACUGCUACGGAUUCAUCUACAAUUUCGAGAGAGACUACUAAUAAUGUGGGUGUCAAAGAAGAGAGCUUUUCUUCGGAAGAAUUUCCGGUGAUCGAUGAGAGCUUCUGGUUGGAGACAUUAUCGAUGGAUAAUUGUGUUGAACAAAUAGAUUUCACAGGUCCAACAUAUGGUCCGCUAGGCGAGGCCUUUGGCUCAUUUGGGGCAUCCAACAAUGACGACAUGGACUUUUGGCUUAGGGUAUUCGUGGAAGCUGGUGAUUUGCUGGCUUUGCCACCAAUUUAACCAAUGGAAAGGAGAUUCAAUAGAUCCCAUUUUGAUGGGAAUGGAGAAAUUGACUUUAGAUUAUUCUUUUCUUUAAAUUUUUCAGUGGUGGUGAAUUGGUUAACUCUACAUCAAUCAAAGAAAGAGUCAUAGCUGGCGAACUCGGCAGUUUGCGUUGCGGAUGAGGACUUGUCCGGUAUUAAAAAAAGUAUAUAGAAGGAACAUAGGAAACUCGGUAGAAUGUUAGCAAAAGACGCAUUUUCUUCCCUUUUUUGAUCAUUCUCUUCCAUGUAUAGAAACAGAAAAGGGUAUUGCUGUGGAUUUUCCAAACAGAAAAAAUUUGUAAUUUGGAUAUUUUCCUCAUAGAAAGGAUUUCUAUUUACACA